AUGGUCUCCUUCCAGUGCGAGAGUUGCAUGACCGAGGACCAAAAGUACCAGGGCGCCCUCUACAAAAAUAACGACAACAACAACAAGAACAAGAACAAGAAAGCACGAAUCAGCCCUCCAAACGGCGCCGAAGAAGAACACCACUUCCAUCCCUCGACGCCGUCAGCUCCUGUUACGACAAACAGCAGCAAAAAGAACAACAACAACAACAACAACAACUCCACAGCUACAAAGAACAAGCAGCAAGUCGCUGCGACGCCCAGUGUGAAGAAAUCCAACAUGGCUGCCGUUGCCCAGUACCAACAACCCCACCAUAUGUCCCACGCGGCCUACGUUGAGGAUGUGCCCGAGGAGCUCGAGGGCUAUCUCGUGGCCGACGACGACGACCACCGCUCUGACGACGACGCCCCGCCCCACGCACCCACCCCGCCGCCCGCCGCUGAGGGCCCCGUGAACGUCUUUGAUUUCCUUGUCGCUGGUGCCACGCCCAACGCCUCGAGCCUCGGCCUGUCCCAUCCGACCGUCAGGUUCAACGACAACGCUGACACUGACGUUGCGCGCUAUGAGUACGACGCCAACGCGUACCUGGCUGCCGCCGACGACUUCUCCAUGGCCGGCCAUGCCAAGUACCAGCAGCACCUUGCCCAGUACGGCAGCGGCCCUGUGCCCACAGCCGAGCCCACUUCGACUGCGCUGACGCCCUUCAAGACGCCUGCGCCUGACCGCGCCGAGCGCAAGAAGAAGGAGAGUGCGGGUGACAAGGACAAGGACGCCUCCAAGAAGGACAAGAAGCGCAAGCGGUUAACCCUGGACAUCAACGACCAGGUCAUGACCGAUGCGCCGCCUGUACUGCACUCGGGCCUCACCGGUGGCCUGCACCGCCUCACGACCAAGCAUACCGCGUUCCCUCCGUCGCCCGAAUCGGCCGAGACCCCGGCAAGUCCGCUCAAGAAGUCCAAGCAAUCCAAGCGCUCCAAAUCACGCGCCGAACCCGUUACCAACAGCCUUUUCUCCAGACUGACGGCCGGAAGCUCCAAGAUCAAGACCAAGAAGCGAAAACACCGCCGCUCGGCCUCGCCCUCGGGCAAGAAGCACAGCAGCCACAACAGCAGCAGCAGCAGCAGCAAGAGCCACCGCCGGCACCGCGAUGCCAACAAGGACGGCGCGUCCACGGCUGCGCCGGCCCAGAAACUGCUCGAGUACCCCGGUGCCGAAAAGAAGGAAGACGACAACGGCGGCAGCGGUCAGCUGAUUGUCUAUAAGCCGCGUGCCGACCUCUUCCUCAGCUUUGUCAACAAAGGCCCUGACAGCGAGCGCGGCUGCAGCAUGAACAAGGCGCUCAAGCGCUUCCACCGGGAACGCUCCUCCUCGGGCACCUCGCUGGCCAAGCCGGCCGAGGAGAAGGAGCUCUUCCGGUCCCUGCGUCUGCGCAAGAACGACCGUGGCGAGAUUGUCCUGUUUUGCGUCGACGAAGAGUAG